AGGUUUGCAGUUCACACGUGACGGUGCUGGGGGGUGGACGUUACACUACUGCACUCUCCCACCACAAGGCUCUCUGCACCAGUUGGAUGUACACCAAGCUUGAAAAUAUUUUGCAAGUGUGGUGUUUAUUGUUUCUUGUAGAGCUUCAUAAAUAGAAUCAAAUAACAUACUGUGCACAGAACGGUAAUAUCACUUAAAUUCUACGAAGCAUUGAUAGAAUUUCGACCCCAUGGUGUGUUAUGGCUUGUAUUGAAUUUCACUGUGACCCGCGUUGAAGGUUAGUGCACUGGGUGAAUAACGUCUGUUGGAAACAGUGAAACGGGUUCCUCAUUACAAGAAUUUAUGAAUGAGUUCCAUCGACGUGCGGCAGUCUUUGUGGAUUACACAAGUAACGGCAGCUUAUUGGAGUUUACAUAUACUAUCUUGUGCUACCAGUAGUCAUGGAGGUCAGUAAAAGUUGUUUCAGAUAUGAUUGAAAUGACAGCCAAAGGUCCCCCAGGAGCAUAAAGUAAGCUGCUCCACCAUUAAGUGCAUUGUGAAAGCUUUGUUGAAGUGCAGCAAAGUUGCAGCUUGAGAGGAAAGGAAAGCUUGUUUAUAAAAUAAAAGUCCAGGAAAAGCUCUCGUUAAGGCAAACUCUUGCCUUCACCCUUUGGAAAUUGAGUGCGCCCACGGGUGUGCAGUUGAGUGCAUGAGUGCGUCACCCAUCGUAGAGGAAAUAGAUAUUAGUGGUUCGGGAGCUUAUAUCUCGUCCAAGAUCGUGGAGUCGAGCUUGAGAAAGUUGCUUGGGCGCGCGUCUGGCCGCACACCGCCCGGCCGCGGCGACCUGGCCUCUACCAACACGGCAGACACACGCAAGGUGUGUAGAGUGUGGGGAGGUGGGUCGGGGUCGGGGCUGUGCUGGGCAGCGUCAGCCGCCACCGUGGAGUCGCGAGGCGGGAGCUCCGGCGGUGUGUCUGGGGCUCUGCCGCCUCAGCCCCACUCCAAUAACAACCCCCCGCCCCCGCCCCCGCCACAGCAACCUCCGCCACAGCCGCCCCAGCAACCCCACCAGCAGCAACAGCAACAACCUCAUCAACCACAAGCACAGCCUCAGCCAGCCAUUGCAGCAGCAGCGCUCCCAGCUGUUGCUAACAACGGGCAGGCACAACACCAACAACAGCAACCCCAGCCAGCACCUAACGCUGCAAAUCAUCAGCCUCAUCUUCCGCAGCAGCAGCAGCAGCAGCAGCAGCAGCAGCAGCAGCAGCACCAGCAAGCAGCAGCGGCAGUAGCAGUAGUAGCGGCAGCAGCAGGCGCACCACAGCCCCACCAAGGGCCGCCGCCCUUAGCUGCAGCAGCUGCAGGAGCAGCACACGUCGGGGGAGCGCCUCACGUACAGCAGCAUCCACCUGUGCCCCAUCAAGCACACACCCCUCCUGCCCACCACCCAGCUCUAGUUGGUCACGCGCACUCUGUACACGGAGGUGGAGGUGCAGGUCACGUGUCCUCAGGAGGAGUCAGCAUGUCGGUGUCCAGGGUUCCCUCCCCUCUACCCCCAGAGAAUAACAUGCCAGUGGCUGAAAACUGGUGCUACACUCAGGUUAAAGUGAUAAAGUUCAGUUAUAUGUGGACCAUCAAUAACUUCAGCUUCUGUAGGGAAGAAAUGGGAGAAGUUCUAAAGUCCUCUACUUUCUCUGCUGGUGCCAAUGACAAACUUAAAUGGUGUUUACGUGUGAAUCCAAAGGGUCUGGAUGAAGAAAGUAAGGAUUAUCUUUCCCUCUACCUUCUCUUGGUGUCCUCCAACAAGUCAGAAGUUCGAGCCAAAUUCAAGUUCUCCAUCCUUAAUGCAAAAAGAGAAGAAACUAAAGCUAUGGAGAGCCAAAGAGCAUACAGGUUUGUGCAAGGCAAGGACUGGGGCUUUAAGAAAUUUAUAAGAAGAGACUUCCUGUUGGAUGAAGCUAAUGGGUUACUACCGGAUGAUAAAUUAACACUUUAUUGUGAGGUAUCGGUUGUCGCAGACAGCGUAAACAUCUCUGGGCAGAGCAAUGCUAUACACUUCAAAGUGCCGGACUGCCGCCUGUCUGAUGACCUCGGAGGGUUGUUCGAGUCUCAGCGAUUUUCUGAUGUGACGCUUUCAGUAUCUGGCAGGGAAUUUCAGGCACACAAAGCUAUUCUUGCAGCACGAUCGCCAGUGUUUGCUGCAAUGUUUGCGCAUGAAAUGGAAGAAAGAAAACACAAUCGGGUGGAGAUUCAAGAUGUUGAUCAUGAAGUUUUACGGGAAAUGUUACGCUUUAUCUACACUGGGAAAGCGACUAAUUUAGAAAAAAUGGCUGAUGAUCUCUUAGCUGCAGCAGACAAAUAUGCAUUGGAACGGCUGAAGGUGAUGUGUGAAGAAGCAUUGUGUACAAACCUCAGUACUGAAAAUGCUGCAGAUGUCCUCAUACUAGCUGACCUCCAUUCUGCGGAUCAGCUUAAAGCUCAAGCAAUAGAGUUCAUUAAUACACAUGCAACAGAUGUUAUGGACCCAGGAUGGAAAUCUAUGAUACAGUCACAUCCACAUCUAAUUGCCGAAGCUUUUAGGGCAUUGGCUACUCAGCAAAUUCCACCUAUCGGACCUCCACGUAAAAGGAUAAAAGCCAGUCCCUGAGUCUGGA